CAAAUGUAAACUACAACAUUUUAAAUUAAUACAAAAAAGGACUAUAUUAUUAAGCAGUCAGCACGCUUUGUUUCUGGCAUAAUUCACAAACCGAAACGAUGUCGUUGGGUGGCUUUUUCCCAGAAGAAACGGAGAUCAAAUGGGUGUUCCCACAUAAGUCAGACACGGCGCUUCUUUUGAAUUUUCUCGGCGUUUCCACUUUCCGCGUUUGGGUCAAACACGUUUGAACGCUCCUUCCUCUAUACAUAACGUCCGUCAAUAACUCCGCUAUCUCCCACCCAGUCAAACACUUACCACGUGUCUAUUCACCGUCUAAUCCGACGCCGUUAAUUCCGCUCCUACGAACGCCUUAAAAGCUACGUUUACAUUCUCUCAUCUCAACCUCUCUCUCUCAUUUUAACUCUGGUCAGAGAUUCCUCUCACGGAGUCAGAAGAUGCCGUCAUCGUCGCCGUCGCCGUCAACGACAAUUACAACACCGCCGGCCACUGCGUCGUAUUGGUGCUACAGCUGCACGCGAUUCGUCAGCGUCUGGUCUGAAUCUGAACAAGGCAGCGUCGCUUGCCCCCACUGCGACGGUGGUUUCAUCGAAGAGGUAACCGAUUCCUCCUCCGCCGCCGUCGAAUUAGCGACUCCACCUCCCACUGAAGUUAGAUCGAUCGAUAGCACACGUAGAUCCGUGAUUAGACGCCGUAGAUCCAGCCGUCGUCCUUCGUUCAAUCCUGUCAUCGUCCUCCAAGGAGGCGCCGGCGAGAGAGACGAUUCCGAAGAAGGAGACCGACGCGCUUUCGAGUUUUACUACGAUGACGGAUCCGGAUCGGGUCUUCGUCCCCUUCCGGAUUCAGUAUCCGAGAUCCUGAUGGGAUCCGGGUUCGAGCGGUUGCUCGAGCAGCUAAGUCAGAUCGAGGCGUCGGGAGCCGGAAUCGGCAGAUCUGGAAACCCUCCGGCGUCGAAAUCGGCGAUUGAGUCGUUGCCGAGAGUCGAAAUCUCCGAUUGUCACAUCAGCUCGGAGGCGAAUUGCGCUGUGUGCACUGAGGUUUUCGAGGCGGAGACGGAGGCGCGUGAGAUGCCGUGUAAACACAUUUUCCACGACGACUGUAUCACGCCGUGGCUAUCGAUCAGAAACUCGUGCCCGGUCUGCCGGUUCGAGCUACCUUCGGAGCCUAACAGACGGAGCAGCAGCAACAACGAGGAGGGUGAUAACGCCGUGGGGAUGACGAUAUGGAGGCUUCCCGGAGGGGGAUUCGCGGUCGGGAGGUUUAAUGCGGCGAUGGGAGAGGGGGAGAGAGUGUUGCCUGUGGUGUUGACGGAGAUGGAUGGUGGUGGGAUUGGUAGUGGGAACAGUGAGGGUCCGAGACGGAUCUCGUGGGUUAGAGCACAGGGGACAGUGGAGUCGGAUAGUAGCAAUGGUGGUGCCUCCGGCUCGGGAGGUAGAUUGAGAAGGAUGGUUCGGGGAAUGGUGUCGUUGAUGAGGAGAGUGAGACCGAACCGUGGCUCUAAUUCCUCUUCGUCGAAUCGUGUGAAUUUGGACAUUGGAGUAGAACCUAGGGGUUUGGAACGGUCGAGUUCAGUGAUGAGAAGAUACUUCGGGAGAAACAGAAGUAACAGAGAUUCUUCAGUUCUACAUUGAUGAUAAUAUAUAUAUGUUUGUUCAUUCUACAAAAUGUAAAUAUAAGGAUUCAGAAGAAGUUAAGAUUGGAACGAUCCUUUUUUAUUUUUUACAAUUCGAUUGAUUCGUCGUAUAUUACGUUACAUCAAAAUGUCUAAUGUUUUCGUUCAACUUUCAUCA